GGGCCGCGCCGCCGCCGCCGCCGCCUGUCAAUCAAAGCCCGGGGACCCGGGACCCGGGACUCAAGCUGCUAGCUGGCCGGACGGGCGACCGGCUCCACACCCGAGGCUUCGGGCCUAGCUGCACCCGGCGGAGGCCCGGCCUUCCUCCUAUCUUUGCACUCUCUUCCCCAUGCUGCAUUUGCAGGGAAUAAAACGUUGUAACAGUUGCACCGGUUAAGGGGAAGCAAGGAGAGGGGACUUCUCCUCCAGCCCCAGCCCCAGCCUCUGCUCCCCCACCCUACCCUACCCUACACUUGCUUUGCAGUCCGGGCCCAGGUCGGAGGGUGUGGCCUGAGCCUGCGGGGUCGGGUUUAACGACUGCCGGCCGCAGCUGGGAGCAGGGCGGCAACGGGAGGCUCCGUGUGACCGGGGCCCGGCGAAGGAAACCGGUUGCAAGAGAGAAUCAGAUAGUUGGAGGGUCACCAGGGGUGGGUGAGGUGGUGCUGACCCUCGCAGCAGUUUAGGGGCACUGCCAACCUGGAGCCAAAGUCUGACCAAAAUACCAUGGAUCUUGUACUUAUGAAGGAUGUGAGGAGAAGAGCACUACGGGGUACAUGUCCAGUCUGCCACUUUCCUGCUAUAAUGUUUUUAAUGAACCUGGCACCUGUCUCUGUGGUACAGACAGAUUGGCAGCCCUUUGGAGCAUCCCAGAGCUAUAGCCUCCCCGUGGUUUUCUCCCCGCCGGGGGAGAAGUUCUCGCCUGUUGGAAGUGCUAUCAACGUAAAUGUGCAAAUGAUUGUGGAAAACCUGCAACCCCAUGACUCGUCUCGUGCCAGGAACAAUGACCCCAGCAGUAACGCUCAGACAAAUCUCGUCUCAAAAUGGCGGAGCGAUGGCGUGCUGGACGACAGCACCAUCAAUGUGUUUAAAAGGGGCGGCCGUGGAGGACUAAAGACUGGGUAUCCAACCUUCAUGCUUGGCACGGAGGAAUCCAACCUGAGCCACUGUGUCCUGGACACAGACAGCGAUGCGUCUGUAGACCGAGGUAUAGAAGAGGCCAUACAGGAGUACUUGAAGAAGAAAACAGAAGAGAGCUGCUCGAUAAACAACGCCGUACAUGACGUGCUAGUUCCCCCUGGCAUGCAUCCGGCUAUGGAAGACUGUGCUCCAGAUGCCAGCGAUGGUACCUCACUAGGAGGGGAGGUGGUCCCCACCGACCUUGUCAGCGAUGUCCCGCUGCCUGCCCACCUAACGGAUGCUGCAGACUCCAGGUGCUCCUCUCCCUCCAGCAUCAGCAGCAACGACUCGUUUGAACUGAGCAUUCAGGCGGAGAUUGAAAAGUUCUUGCAGGACAAGCGGGAUAAAGAAUCCAGCCAUCCCGGCAGCAAGGUGCCGACAGAGGGAGUGCCAGCACUGAAGGAUAAUUUGGUGAAGUGGGUGGGACAGAAGAGCAAGAAGGGGUACGUUAAGCCCGGGACUGGGAGCCAAACACGUGUGGUCAAAGCCUUGGUAACAAAUGCCAGCCCUCACGUUACUGCCAUCAAAUCCACCCACCUGGGUGAAGCUGGCAGCAUCUGCAAAACAGGGAAAAACAAUGAAAGGAAUCUCAAGGGCCUUAAAAAGCCGGCCCAAGAGAAGAAACCAACAGCAUCGCCCAGCUUUAAGGAUCUCUCCAAAAGUAGUAUCAUCCAGAGGAAGGUGCAGACUGAGCUCCCUGUGGCAAAGCCUAUCUCCAUCACCACAGGGGCUGAGCUAUCUGAUUCCAGUAGUGAUGACGGCAUCGAAGAAGCCAUCCAACUUUAUCAGUUGGAACAGAAGAAAUCCCGGGAUAUGCCCUCUGCCCUCGGAGUAUUGCCUCGUAACUCCCCUUGCUCCAAGGGUCCCGAUCUUUCGUUGGAUGCCGGCGAGGGGAGGGAAGCCGCACGGGCAACACCACCGAGCAAGAGGCGGAAGCAGUGUGCGCCCAAGUCUCAGGAGUCAAAGACGCCUCAUUCCCUCAACUUUUCGCCGACUGUCCCCAACGACCAGUUGAGCGAUGACUUUGUAAAGCAAAGCGAAAGAAAACUCGCCGAUUCCGGGAUAAGUUUAAAUCGGACAGAGACCCCGUCGGAAUUGUCCCGACAGCAGGGUGGGGUCAACGCUCGGACAGGUGCGGAUGGCUCCACGGGUCGGACACCACUGGGAGGGGAAGAGCGUGCGGACUGCUGGACGACACCCAGUGAACGCACCACCGCAGGCUCGCACCAAAUCAUCUUUUCCGACAGUGAAGACAGUUCUGUGGAUAGCAGUGACGGCAUUGAAAAAGAAAUUCAAAGUUACUUGGCUCUGAAAGUGAACGUCAGCAGCCAGAAAUCAAAUGGAGUGGGAACGUUGAACGAACCAGGCAGAGACUUGCCCGCAGAACUGAUGCAGGAAAAUAGUCUCAGCAACCCUCCGUCUUUGCCCUCUCCUUCGUCUUCAUCUCGUGUGCAGUUAUUGACGAAAGAAAGCUUGGGGAAUGACGUCAGCAUUGAUCACAAACUGGAAACGGAAGAGCUGAGAGGAAGCCAGCAAAAGAUCACUGAGGCACCUGUUUCCAAGACUAACUCUGGCAUUGUCAUCUUCAAGGAUAAACCUGAAGGUGAUUUGCUGGAACGAGAUGCUUUUGAUGGAUAUAACACCCAGGACGGCGGCAAGGCAGUCACCAGUAAUCCAGGCAAGUUAUCGCCCAUCACCUGGGCUGCCAGUGAACAGUCCUGUCACAACAAGCCCCUUCAUGACGCUUGGCAGACAGAUGAUAAAAGUAGCUCGUUGGACAGUGAUGAGGAUCUGGAUACUGCAACCAAGGAUCUGUUGAAAACUAGGAAAAGACUGGGCAAGAGAUUAAGGGACUCUAAGAGCCAGAGCAGGAAGCGAGUCCGGUUUACGGGAGCAGAGGUGCUUACAUUCUCCGAGCAAAGCAGUGGUCUCGGUGAUCAAACUCCCAAGGCCGCUGGUGAAGGCUUUGCAUUGAGCCAUGCUCCCCUGAAGAGCUGCCUGUCAAAAACUAGCCGAGCAGUUUGUAGAAGCUACUUGGAUGUUAAAAGUAAGAAUAACAAAAGAAGAGUGGAGACGUCGGAAGGUGACGGACACGGCAAGGUGGCAGGAAUGGGGAAGUCCUUGGGGAGCUCGCUAACUGCUGCUCCAUCUACCCUGGCUGUAGGGCAGAAUCCGAAAAACAUGGCAUCAAGCGAAAGCAGUUCCGGGGACAGCGAUGAUGGGAUCGAGCAAGAGAUUCUGAGAUUCUUGGCGGAAAAGGCCCGAGUAGCGGAAGAGAGCUUGAAAGCCAAGGAAGGAGUGCAGGGUUUUACAGGGCAAGGUGAAGAAAGCAGGUCGUCAGAAGUGCCAGGCCUUGGUGGCAAAAUGCUUUCGGUCUCUCAACAAACUGAGGGGGCUUGUGCGAAGGGCCAAGGUCUUGAGGAAGCGGAGGUGGCAGCAGACCAGGCGUGUGGAGGGACAGGGAGUGGUGCUGCUGAAGACAAGGGCAGCAUUGACGGGAGGGAUUUGGUUCAGGACCUUCAUGCCGUUCGCAGUGCGGAGCACCAGACUGAACACGGACAGGUUGUAGGAGGAACAACAACUGCGAUCCAAACUGAAACCACAACCGGGGUCGAUCAGGGGAGUUUGCUAGUUGACGGCCCGGGUUGUCAAAGGGAAGAGAGGUGUAGCAGCUGGUUUGACUUGCACGGUGAAGUCCUGCUGGACAGAGAGAUUAAUGAGCCCUUGGGAAGUGGCAUCACCCAGAACUUGCAGGAGAAACGGGCAACUCCUGAUUUGAAAACAAUUCAACUGUUGGUCCAGGGACAGUGUGUGCAAUAUAUUGAUUCAAGAGAGCCGGGCGUGGGGCAGCUUCAAGCGAAAGCUGUUCAAGUGAGGCCUUCGGAGAAAACGAAGAACAAAUUAAAAUCAUGGAGUGUCUUCUUGACCGACCUCCUCAGUGACACAGUGCCAAAAGACAAGAUUAAUGUUACAAGCAGUGAGGAUAGAUAUUCCACAGAAAGCCAGUCACAUGCAGGUUGUAGUACAGAGCAGAGGCCACAUGCGACACAUUCGCACCUAGGUUGGACAAGCGGUAGUAAAACUAAACCUGACCAGGGUGCAUAUCUAGGCAGACCCUCCCCAACUCCGAUGCCAUCGGUCAGUGCAAGCGCCCAUUCCAGCGAGUCGAGGGGCCUGCCCUGCGUUACCUGGCAGGAGCAGAAUGACCAUAACUAUCAGAGUGGGACGAGGAAGGAGCUGAGGGCGAAGCAAGACGCGAGGUUUGAACGAUCCGCCUUUGCAACGCCACGUUCAGGACCAAACACCCGUGUCCCAAUCGCUGUACAUUCCACGCCCUCAACCCACCAGGAAACCGACAGUGUAGACCAGGGCAUACAUAGCAACGAGUCAGGGAAACCAUUAGUGAGGGCAGAGGGCAGUUCUAAAGCAAAGGCCAGCAGUCAACCCACAGGUAAAGAAGGUGACGAGACUUCCCAUGCCUGCCAGUGGCGGCCGCUGAGACAGGUCUCGUUGGAAAGUCAGAAUGAAGAGGAAAAUGACAGGGAGAGAAGAACAGGAGAGGCAGCUGAGGGGAAAAGACCCUAACCCUUUCACAACAAAGCUAAUGAUCAAUCAGGUGAUGAGGAUAGAAUGGAGACUAGCAGUUCAGGACAGUAUGGUCAGGAUGCUGAGGUGUAAGUAUAACACUGUACAGUGGCUCUUCUCUUAAUUAUUUAAGAUGUAGUCAUAAAAUUCCUUUGCAGACAGUGGGCUGUUGGCAGGUGAUUUCAGACAAUUUUUGGUUGGUUUGAUGAAAGAUUUCCCAGAUAAACUUCAGGAUUUGACUAAAUGGCAAAGAGAAGAUUUUUUUUGUUUAAAAAAUACCUAUUAUUAUCUUCUCAAAGCAAAGGUUGAUUAAACUAUGGUUGCCUCAUUUAAAACUGUUUCUUGCCAUGACUGUGACCCAUUCCGUGAAAUGUCGCUGCAUUUUGCUUCCCCAGUCGUUUGGGUUUCCCCAGACGGGGUUUGCUUUUUCGCAACUCCGACUGGUUCGAGUUUGGGUUGUUCAGGGUGAGUGCGACACAUUCUCCAAUGCCCGUUCAGCGACGUUACCCACUGCAACCCAUUCCAAAAUCUUGGAAACUGCCUGGGCAUAAUGCCCCUGCCCCAUUUAGGAAACCUGAACGGAAACCUCCCGAGACUUUGCCCCCCACCCAAGGUUUCCGUGCAGUUCCCGGAGGUUUUUGUCAGUCUCCCUACCUGCUUCCACUAUCUGCAAAGCCUCCGGGAACCGCACGGAAACCUUGGGUGGGGCGCAAAGUCUCCAGAGUUUUCCGUUCAGGUUUCCUGUGGGACAGGGGCAUUAUUCUUGUUGGGUUUUUUUCAGAGGGGUAUUUGAUCAAAGCCGGGGGGUUUAAUGAUCUCUCAGCAUCUCUGAGAGUCAGAGGAGACAAAUCAGAUCCAGGCUCUACCUUGGAAGAUAUUCAUGGACUUUAUAUGGGGUUGUCACCGAUGCCUCUUGUGUCUGGAUAGUACUAAUUGGGUUGAUACAUGAAUGCAGUUAUGGAUGGGAUAGUCUGAAGUUGGAAUGCUAAGAUAUGUAACGAUUGAUCUGUUGUGUGAUGGGGUACGAUGGAAAUUGCUUUCUUCUUCUUCUUGCAUAUGGCGUGCACAGCCUAAAGUUGUCGACUUGUUCUAUUUGAUUGUGCACGCCAGGUUGAUUGCAUUUGUCGAAACAGGGCGGACCACAUGAAGGUUGCAAUCUCCCACCCCGAUAUUGCUUUGAAUUGAAGUGAAGAUAUGUAUUUGGAACAGAAAAUGUGUACAGUAAACUGAACUCACUUGCACGCAUCCCUGCAGAAGGUACCUGAUCUUUUUUUUUUUUGCAUUCAUUUUAUUUUAAAUGAUUGCUGCCAAGAAUCUUAACCAAUGCUGUUUAAUUGGUAAAUUGGUAGCGUGUGACUCAGGAUGCCAGGAGGGCGAUUUAAUUUUGCAUUUGUUCAUUGAAGUUAGAGAAAAUUAAAUGGUUAAGCAAGUCAGGUACAGUAACACCAAGUGAAAAAUAGCGCACCUCUCUCCUUUUCCCAGCGCUUAGCCUUAAAGCCCUGUCCCACUGUACGAGUUCAUUCAAGAGUUCUCCCCGAGUUUGCCCUGAUUCGAACUCGGAGAUUUACGAUAAUUGCCGCACGUAAGUACUCGGGGCUCUCGUGAACAUUUUUCAACAUGUUGAAAAAUCUUCCUCGAGUCUUCCCGAGCUUACCUGCCAUUAGCGAGUCUUCCCGAGUACCUGCCGUUAGUGUUACGAGCCGUUGAGAGACGUCCCCGAGCUCUGACGUACCUGCUACGUUCAUUCUACGUGCUUACCACGAGUUUGAUUUUUUUAAAACUCGGGAGAGCUCUUGAAUGAACUCGUACAGUGGGACAGGGCCAUCAAACAUAUUAGCAACUCCCAACUCUGCUCGGUAAUGUGAUUGUCUUCCAAAUUCUCAUCUCACAGUUGCCAGUUCUCAUACCAGAUUGGGUGCAUUUAGGUCUGGAAUUUAAGUAACCAUUAGCAGGGUGACUCCCCCCUCAGCCAGUCGUUUGCAGCUGGUAACAAUUGCUUUCAAUUGGAAUAGGAUUUAUGCUUAUACAGUGUCCUCCAUAAUGUUUGUGACAAAGACCCAUCAUUUAUUUAUUGGACUCUGUACUCCACAAUUUGGGAUUUGUAAUAGAAAAAAAUCACAUGUGGUCAAAUUCUAAUAAAGGCCAUUUUUAUACAUUUUGGUUUCACCAUGUAGAAAUUAAUGUUUAUACAUAGUCACCCCCAUUUCAGGGCACCAUAAUGUUUGGGACACAGCAAUGUCUUGCAAAUGAAAGUAGUCACGUUUAGUAUUUUGUUGCAUAUCCUUUGCGUGCAAUGUCUGCUUGAAGUCUGCGAUUCAUGGACAUCACCCGUUGCUGGGUGUCUUCUCUGGUGAUGCUCUGCCAGGCCUGUAUUGCAGCCAUCUUUAGCUUAUGCUUGUUUUGGGGGCUAGUCCCCUUCAGUUUUCUCUACAGCAUAUAAAAGGCAUGCUCAAUUGGGUUCAGAUCGGGUGAUUGACUUGGCCACACAAGAAUUGGCCAUUUUUUAGCUUUGAAAAACUCCUUUGUUGCUUUAGCAGUAUGUUUGGGAUCAUUGUCUUGCUGUACAAUGAACCGCCGACCAAUGAGUUUUGAGGCAUUUGUUUGAACUUGAGCAGAUAGGAUGUGUCUAUACACUUCAGAGUUCAUUAUGCUACUACCAUCAGCAGUUGUAUCAUCAAUGAAGAUAAGUGAGCCAAUACCUUCAGCAGCCAUACAUGCCCAGGCCAUAACACCCCCACCACGUUUCGCAGAUGAGGUGCUUUGGAUCUUGGGCAGUUCCUUCUCACCUCCAUACUUUGCUCUUGCCAUCACGCUGAUAUAAGUUAAUCUUCGUCUCAUCUGUCCACAAGAACUUUUUCCAGAACUGUGGUUGCUCUUUUAAGUACUUCUUAACAAACUGUAACCUGGUCAUCGUAUUUUUGCAGCUAACCAGUGGUUUGCAUCUUGCAGUGUAGCUUCUGUAUUUCUGUUCAUGAAGUCUUCUGCAGACAGUGGUCAUUGACAAAUCCACACCUGACUCCUAAUCUGUUGGACAGGUGUUUGGGGAUUUUUCUUUAUUAUAGAGAGAAUCCUUCUGUCAUCAGCUGUGGAGGUCUUCCUUGGCCUGCCAGUCCCUUUGUGAUUAGUAAACUCACCAGUGUUCCAAUGGUGUUCCAAUAUAGUUGAUUUGGGUAAGCCUGAGGUUUGACCAAUGUCCCUAACAGUUUUAUGCUUUUUUUCUCAGUCUCAUAAUGGCUUAUUUGACUUUCAUUGGGUCAACUUUGGUCCUCAUGUUGAUAAACAGCAAUAAAAGUUUCCAAAUGUGAUGGAAAGACUGGAGGAAAGACUAGGUGCUGAGAGCUCUCUUACACCUGCAUUAAGGAGGCAUUUAAACACACCUGAGCAAUUAUAAACGCCUGUGAAGCCAUGUGUCCCAAACAUUAUGGUGCCCUGAAAUGGUGGGGGGGGGACUAUGUACAAAACGCAGUUGUAAUCUCCACAUGGUGAAACCAAAAUGAAAACAAAUGGUCUUUAAUAAAAUCUGACCAUGUGCACUUUAAUCACAUGUGAUUUUUUUUUCUAUUACAAAUUUCAAAUUGUGGAGUACAGAGGCAAAUAAAUAAAUGAUGGGUCUUUGUCCCAAAUAUUAUGGAGGGCACUGUAACUUUUUCUCAAACUAUCAUUUGGGUUUGUACAUCUUAACUUAAUUAUUAAAGGAGGAAGCAAACUGUUUUUUGACAUUUUUGUUCGGGCUUUCAUUAUUAAUGUAAUUUUUAAGUUGUUUUAUUUUUAAAGAAGUCAACUGAGUGAAAUAGUGUUGGGUGUUCCAGCUGUGCAUUGUAACACAAUAGAGAAAGCAGUUUCUCUUAAUCAAGGAGACAAUUAGCAACUUCAGAUACCCAAAUUACCAAGUCACCGUGAGAGUAUUAAAAAAAAUUGACUUCUAAACUUAUCUUGGGGAGAUUUCUGGUAUGCAACAGGAAAUACUUUUAAAGAAAAAUCUAUCUGCAUUGGAUCUUGGUUGAGAUGAUGUUGCACUGAUUAUAUUUGACAAACCAGAGAAUCAGAAACUACUUUCUCGUGUAGAUUCAGGAAAUGAUUGUGCAAUUGAUUUUAUAAAACAUAACCUUUUUCAAAAUAAAACUGUAAUAUCAUUUUGUGCCAGGAUUUGUCAACCAGUACAGUGUAGGAAAUUGCAAAAAAAAAUUGUACCUCCUGAAAAUUUUUGCUGAUCCAGAGACCUCAUUUUGAAGUGAGAUGAAGUACUGUUGUUCGUAAGGCAGUUAUUGGUGAUGGGGGCCAGUUUUGGAGAGGUGAGGCAAAUUGUUACCAGCAACAUUAGUAUCUUGUCUUCCACAACAUUCAUUUAUGUCUAAAUACUAAGUCUAAUGUCAAGUGAUGAUUUACAGGAGAUGUUGCCAGCAAGACCAGCGUUUAUUAUCUAUUCCGAAUUGUCCUUGAGAAUGUGAUGGUAACUCUGUCCCACGGUACGAGUUCAUUCCAAGAGCUCUCCCGAGUUUGCCCUGAUUCGAACUCGGAGAUUUACGGUAAUGGCCACUCGUCGGUACUCGGGGCUCUCGUGGACAUUUUUCAUCAUGUUGAAAAAUCUUCACAAGUCUUCCCGUGCUUACCUGCCGUUAGCGAGUCUUCCCGAGUACCUGCCGUUAGCGUUAAGAAGAGACGUCCCCGAGCUCCGACGUACCCGCUACGUUCAUUCUCCGUGCUUACCACGAGUUUGAUUUUUUAUUUUAACUCGGGAGAGCUCUUGGAAUGAACUUGUACGGUGGGAGGACUUUAUAAGGCAACACCUUUAGAGAUUUGCUCUUCUGCAGUCUUCAUUGAGUUGUGUCCCACCUCAACAGUAAUGAGGACCUACUGGGCCAUGAAUUUGCAGACUGUGGUGGAAAACAGUUCUACUGUGAUUGUGUCCCAGAGCAGCUAUUACAUGCCCAGUUUUAAAUUACCAGUUUUACUCUGAAUCUCCUCAACAAAAUGCAGUGGUUGAAUCCCACAGCAUAGCCAUGUGAAGGCAAAUUCAAUGCAUUGAUCAGUCUUACCAAUUUUUUUUUUUUGUGGAUGGAUGUUCUGCGGUCAAAGUCAAGUUGAUUUUGUUUGUGUGUCGUUUUCCUGAAGUUACUCAGCAGCCAUGUCCUGCUGGACAUGACCAUUUGGAAAGGAACUCCAGGAUGGGACACCCCUUCCACUCCAUGCCAUCCCCACCCCCACCCCGGGUACCUUUUAUACCCGGUGAUAUUCAUAUGUGAUGGGCACUGAUUCAUCUACCUGGGCAGGAAUAGUAGGUGAUAAUCUGCAUAGAUUACCUCACCCACAAUUAACACUUGAUGAGUCCCAAAGCACACUCACGUGAGUUUGUCUGAGUUGUGAUGAGUAUGUUGAGCCAGUGAGAAAGGGAUGGUUACGGAGAAGUCUGGGAUAUUGAACAAGAAGGAUCUCAACCCGAAACGUCACCCAUUCCUUCUCUCCAGAGAAGCUGCCUGUCCCGCUGAGUUACUCCAGCUUUUUGUGUCUAUAUUGAAUGGUAUGAUUGAUUGAGUGACGGUGUCAUGCUUGACAAUUCUGUUGCACAGCUUUCCAAGUUUUGGUGCAUUUCCAGAUUCCCCUGAGCUCUGCUGCCAUUCUGACACCCAAAUUCACACGAUCCUUGCUUGCCCCCAGCUCCUCACAGGUGCUGAACACAGAGUCACUGAAUCUAUCCUGGUUAGGGAAGUGGUAGUGCCACAUUACAUGACGGAACAUGUUCUCUUGGUGAAGAAGGGAUUUCACGAAUUAACCAAAGUAAAAUCCUCCAGCUGUUUAAUGUGAUGCGAGGUCUUCAGUACCUGCUGUAGUCAAUCCUGGUCUAGAAGGCCUUUUGGUUUUGCAGAUGUUGAGUGUAAACCUCAUCCUGUUGUACACUCCACGACUUGGUCUCUGAAUGCACAAAUACACAAGCAUCACCUGCAAACUGCAGCUGGUGUUGUGUUUGCUCUGACCUUGGUUCCGGAGAGAGGAUGCAGUAAAUAAAACAGUUUCCUAUUAGUUUGCAGAGUAACUGCACUCAUGCAGUUGAGAUGCACCCACGAUGAUGAGAAAACAUGAAGAUCAAGUCGAGAGUAAUUACACAGCCUUGCUUGAUACUGGAUUGCAAUGAUUGGAUCAGAUGCGAAUGCAAAUGGUCAGGCCAUCCAUCAUGCAACAAAUGUAAUUCUUAUACAGAAUGUCUGCAGGCAGCCAGAUCAGAGGAGAAUGUUCUGCAGUUCUUCCCAGUCGAUGUAUUCCCACGUGUUAAGUGAGGUGGAACAAGGCCGUCACUUUUCUUAGGCUUGAGGAGAAAGUGUGCUGUGUCCCUGUGUCAAUGGGAGGAGCGGCUGAGGAGGACCUUGGCUGACAACAAGGAGGUCCUGGUUAAAGUAGUAACGCAAUUGGAUAUGUCUCCUUCUUUGAGGAAGGUCACAUUAACACAUCUCUAAGAUUGCUUUAAGAAGGAACUGCAGAUGCUGGAAAAUGGAAGUUAGACAAAAAUGCUGGAGAAACUCAGCGGGUGCAGCAGCAUCAAUGGAGCGAAAGAAAUAGGCAACGUUUCAGCCCGAAACGUUGCCUAUUUCCUUCGCUCCAUAGAUGCUGCUGCACCCGCUGAGUUUCACUAAGAUUGCUGACAUUUCCUGCUUUUCUCAGAUGUGGAAGAUAAAGUUGUGGACUUGUGACUGACGUUCUUCUGCAUCGAGUUUUGGAACAUCCGCGUGUAAACUAUCUGCUCCCAAGGUCUUGUCGGGCAGGUCUGGUGGCAAGACUGCAGAAGAUGGUCUGCUGUUUAGAGUCUAUCCUAUUUAGUUUUGCUAUGGAACGUAUUCUUAGAGUGGAGAUGGGAUUCCACCGGACUUAACUAACUCCAUUUAAAUUCUCCUGCUGGCUCGGUGGGAGUUCACAAGUUCUCGGAGUAGAAUUAGGCCAUUCGGCCCAUCGAGUCUUCUCCACCAUUCAAUCCUGGCUGAUCUCUGCCACUUAAUCCCAUUAUCCUGCCUUCUCCCUAUAACCCUUGACACCCGUUCUAAUCAAGAACUUGUCUAUCUCUGCCUCAAAAACAUCUACUGACUUGGCAUCCACAGCCCUCUGUGGCAAUGAGUUCCACAAAUUAUCUAUCCUCUAACUAAAGAAGUUCCUCCUCACCAACUUUUUUUAAAAAGAGUGCCCUUUAAUUAUGAGGCUCUGACCUCUGGUCCAAGACUCCCACCAGUGGAAACAUCCUUUCCACAUCCACUCUAUCCAUGUCUUUCAUUAUUCUGUAAGUUUCAAUCAGGUCACCUUCUAAACUCCAGCGAGUAAAGGCCCAGUGCUGUCAAACGCUCAUCAUAUGCUAAACCACUCAUUCCUGGAAUCAUUCUUGUAAAAAACUAUUUGAAAUCAUUCACUGAAUCAUAAGCACAGGCUUUUGAAUUAAAUGCCUACUAACAAAAUCCUUCUAAUAUACUUUAGUGCGCUUCAUUGGUGAUGCAGAGAGAAAAGAACAUUGUUUAACUUUUGUGUUUUUAAUCCUUUUUUUGGUCAUUUUUUGCUGUAUAUUUUGCCAAAUAAUUUUUCCGUUUUGUAAAAUUUUCAUGUGAUAUUGAAAUUUCUCCUCCGUUUUUGUCUGAGGGGUAUUACUGAUGCACAUACUUUUUAACAAAUUAUGUGAAAAUAUUUAAAUUAUACAGUUCCACAUCUUCUUGGCAAUUAUCUAAUAAAUAGCACAUUCUGAAA